AUGUCGACAACGGUGACCUUGGAGCUGCCCGCUCGCGAAGAACGGCGGAAUUCGCCAGAAGAGCCUGAGCAGGCGUAUGGACCCGAUCCGGACGUCCAUGUUGCUCGGGUCAAGCAGAAGUGGAACGAGCCUUCCAUCAAUAAAUGGCGUAUAGCAGCAGCUUUUGCCAGUUUUGCAGUUGUGGGCGCUAGUGAUGGUGUAUACGGUAUACGCGAGGACUUCAAUCUGUCCACCACUGUGGUGUCUCUGAUCUUCGUGACCCCGUUUGCUGGUUAUACGUUGGCUUCUAUCGCAGUGAACAAAAUCCAUAUGACCUGGGGCCAGCGCGGAAUUGCGAUCAUUGCGCCGCUAUGUCACUUAAUUCCUUUCGUCGUCAUGGCGUCCUAUCCACGCUUCCCGGUUCUGCUGGUUGCUUAUGCCUUCGUCGGGCUUGGUAAUGGGCUUAUCGACGCAGGUUGGAACGCAUGGGUUGGGGACAUGGUUAGCGCCAGUACACUUAUGGGGCUCAUGCAUGCAUGUUACGGACUAGGCGCGACUGUGAGUCCAGCUAUCGCAACGGCGAUGGUCGACCAUGGCCUGAAGUGGUCUACGUUCUACUUCACUUUGGUUGGCGGAUCUGCCCUGGAGCUCAUUACCUGUGGGCCUCUGUUCUGGCCUGAGAAUGGCGAGCGAUUUAGGAUCAAUAACCCUAAAAUGUCGGGCUCGACAGGGGACUCUCGAACGACUGAAGCCGUCAAGAACCGUGUCACCUGGAUUCUAGCAUUCUUCCUAUUUGCUUAUAUGGGAGUUGAAGUAUCGAUCGGGGGCUGGAUUGUCGAGUUCAUGAUGCAGGUUCGCGACGGUGGCGCCGUAGCGUCUGGUCUUGUUCCUACAGGGUUUUGGGCUGGCAUCACAGUCGGCCGAAUUGUACUUGGGUUUGCGAAUGAGGCUAUUGGCGAGCGACUUGCCGUGAUCAUAUACUUGGCUUUAGCUAUCGCCCUCGAACUUGUGUUCUGGCUCGUCCCACACUUCAUUGUUUCUGCCGUCGCAGUGUCCUUAAUGGGAUUCUUUACAGGACCUCUCUUCCCCGCCGCGGUCACGGUCGCUGCUAAGUUGCUUCCGAAGCACCUACACACGCCGAGUAUCGGCCUCGUCUCUGCUUUCGGGGGUAGUGGUGGUGCUAUACUACCGUUCGUCGCCGGUGCUAUUGCACAGCCACAUGGUGUCUCAAGCCUGCAGCCUUUCGCGUUGGCCCUCCUUGCCACUAUUGCUGGUCUCUGGCUGCUCUUACCUAGAAAACCCCGGCAUUCUCACGAUAACUGA